CAAGAAGCAACAGUGAAAUGGCAAAAAAGACGUACGAUCUGUUGUUCAAGUUGCUGCUGAUCGGUGAUUCCGGAGUUGGCAAAACUUGUAUAUUGUUUAGAUUUUCGGAUGAUGCAUUUUCGACGACAUUUAUUUCUACGAUAGGUAUCGAUUUUAAAAUCAAGACAGUGGAAUUAAGAGGAAAGAAAAUCAAGUUACAGAUAUGGGAUACAGCCGGUCAAGAAAGAUUUCAUACCAUUACUACAUCAUAUUACAGAGGUGCAAUGGGUAUUAUGCUUGUUUAUGACAUUACUAAUGAAAAGACAUUUGAAAAUAUUGUUAAAUGGCUGAGAAAUAUAGAUGAACAUGCGAAUGAAGAUGUGGAGAAAAUGAUACUGGGGAACAAAAGCGAUAUGGAAGACAAACGUGUUGUUAGCACAGGAAGAGGGGAAGCGAUAGCACGAGAGCAUGGAAUCAGAUUUAUGGAAACAUCUGCAAAAGCAGAUAUUAAUAUUGACCGUGCAUUUAAUGAAUUAACCGAAGCAAUAUUGGAGAAAACUCAUGGAAAGGAACCACAAGAUGCUCCUGAUAGAGUAACGGUUGAUCGAAGGGUGGAAAGGAAUUCUAAUCGGUGCUGCUAAUCUUAUAUUAUUUAUUUUAACAGCGCAUAAUAUACUAUAUAUCAGCUCGUGCCACUCAAAAUAGAUCUGUGGAUAGAUUUAGAGCAUAAUUUAAAAAAGCAUAAUAGUAUAAUUAAACUCUUCACAACACUGCCUAAUCAAAUUCGAUUGUACUUAUUUAAUGAGAUUUCUGAUAAAGAUAUAUCUAAAUUUAUUUCAAAAAAUAUAAAAGGAAGUAACUCCAAUUUGGAAGUGAAGUUUUUUAAUUAUACCUGGAUUUCAAAGGGUGGGUUAUAAAUGCUAUUUGUCACAUAUAUGACUGUAUACUUAUAAAUGUACUUAUAAAUGUGUCUAUUGCAUGUAUACAAGCAUUAAGCUCCAUCACAGCUUUUAUAAAGAACACAAAAAAUCAAUAAUAUAUACUGCUGAUGGAGCUUUGUUUUCCACGUGAAACUUCAUGCGUUGUUGCACGAACAAAGUCAACUAGGAACAAUUUGUUUGUUACGAGGCUGCAAUUUGUUACCAUAAUGAGAAGAGUGAGAAUGAAUGAGGGCUUUCGAUCUUAAAAAAAUCUAUGUGAAUGCUUUUUCAUACGGACAUUGCACUACAUUGCUUAUUUACAUCUUAAGUUAAAAUCUAAAAGCUUAAGUCCAAGAGCUUUUAUUCUACUUGUGUAAGACUAAUUUACUACAAAUAUAAAUAUUCACGAUUUCGAA